ACACUGCGUGAGCAUUGGAGGACAUUCUGAAAUUUGUGUGCAGUGCUCUUCGCAGUUUUUAAAAAGGUGCAAAGAAGGUGCAUGUAGUCCAGUGGAAAGAUCGAAAUCAUGUCAAUAUCCAAUUCAAUAAAGGGAGAUUGUCCCUUAUGGUGACCCUGGCAGGUCUGUGCACGGAAACUUUCAUCACUGUGCAAGGCAGCAUCAAGGUCCAAGAACACCAUUCUGCUUUCUUGAUGAACUCGUUUUUGUGAGCACCUUUCGCAGCCAUAGUACCCGCUGUGGCCCUUGAUGCACUUCAGGUAGCUCCGUGCUACAGCAUCACAAAUUAUGGCUGUGAGGUUUACGGUCACAUGCCUUCCUUUGACAGGUAUACCAUGUGCGGUAAGGUCCUUGACCUCUUCCAGAAAUGGUUCUAAGAAUAAGCUCAAAUCAGGUGGCUUUCCUUCACCACAGUACACACUCACCAAAAAUGGCUCCCGCGCCCCAUGGUUCGUCACCAUGCAAAGAAUUGGCCAAAAACACGUUGACGAACUCUUGUACAAUGGGAGGCCAUCAAUGUUCACUUGGAGGCUGAUCUCACUGGGUGGCAUGCCCAAUUGCAGAGACUCCAAUAUCCCAGCCUUCAAUCCAAAGUGGACAAAUGUCCCGUCCCGUUCCACUGGGGCUUUCCUCUGUGUCCCUAGAACUGUUCUCGCGUCCUUUGGAACAUCGUGGCCCCUGGAUCUAAGGAGUGCGGCAAUGUCAUUGAUGCAUGAAUGGGUGAGAUUGUGCUUAAGAGAAAGCCUGGCCAGUUGUACCACGAGAUCGUUUCCGGAAUUUUCCCGAUAAAGAUAAUUUUCGUCUUGUGAUUCCUCAACUUCCAACUCAUCAUGUGUCUCUUCCCACGAUAGAUCAGAUGCUGUUUCAUCAGCCCAAUCAGUUCAAUGUGGUGUAGUGUGUUCGUCGUCAGCAGUGAAGCAUUCACCGCCCUCAUCUUGAGGAAGGGGAACAACGUCCAGAGAAGCUGUCGUGUUAGAAGGGUGUAAAUACUGUGUCUCAAUGUUCACUAUUUCGUACAAUGUUCUUAAAUUCCUUUCGCAGUUCACGAUAACAUCUCCAUCUCGACAUGGCGCAGCGGAGACCUUCGCUGGCACAAACACGGCAGCUCAAAAGAAGAGACAAACACAAUCUGGAUUAAAACAACUUCGGUUUUUGCGUGACAGGGAAACGAAAACAAAACGCAGUUGGGAGGAAAAAAAAGCACAAGCCAGAAGCGCAGCAACGAUGUAAACCAAACCGAAGGAGAAAGAUCAGAUACAAAUCAAGGUUGUUGCGAAAACUUUAAGCGUGCAAAACCCGACGCAGACAUAGAAAUUGCGAAACGAUAGAAUUUUAGAAUUUUUGUUCUUUUCUUACAGUUUGGCCAUUUUAUUUGUUAAGGAAAUGGUCAGUUGGACUUUUUAGGUGCCAUCAAUUUCAUCAUGAUGUUGUUCCCGGUUCCUCCUGCUACUUCGGGUUUUCCUUUGCUUCCCGCGUCUUUUGUUUGAUUCGAACGUCACGUGGGGAUUUCCAGUUUGGUUUGGGCCAGUGACAGAUAGUGCUCGCUUGUGUUGAAGUUUUCGGUCCCUCUCUUUCGUAGUUUGGUAAUCUACAGUCGUCCUACCUGUUUCCCUUAUCCGUCUGUUGAAUUUCUGUUUCUCUGGUGUUCCAUUUUUGUUACACCCUCGUGAACAGGUAGUGUGAAAGUGGUGUAUUGCUCGUGAUGGCACCUACGGCAUCGAAGCAGAAAGCCGAAGGGAACACAAGGUGAGCGUCAGAAAACAUUUUCGUCCCAAUUGCGUUAGGUGCAGCCAGUUUUAGAUUUCAUGCUCUACCAGUUCAUUCAAAAUUAACACAUCCGUGGCGUACUUAUCUAUCGUUCAUAACCGUUCCUUUUCUUUCCCUCCGCAUUUCAGCAAGCGGUACACAGUCGUAAAAUUUGAAAACGACACUGUCGAGUUUCUGCCGACGAAAUGGAUUGUUGCAGGGAGGCCAUGCCUUUGGCCGAAGAACACUCAGAAUUCGAGGAUCGCGUCAAAGAACGUUGGGACCCCGAAGCAGACUGGGAUUUGUGCCCUUGUGAGCGCAUGGCGUCCUUCAACAGUUACAAGAAGGCAAAAAAGAACGCUUGGGACGCUGAGUACACGUCACAUCUGGAAUUCGAGUCAAGUGAGGGAGAAGACGACGGAGCUGGCACUGAUAUUCUUAAACCCACGGGAGAGUUGCAGAGAGCAAUGAAGAGGAUAACUCUUCCAUCACCACCUAGUGACAUUGGAAGCGCAUCUCAUAGUCGUGGUUCUGCAGUGCCCUCACCACCAGCUAGUAGUGGGAGCAGAGGGUGUGGUUUUUCCUCAUCACAAUGCUCGGCAUCUGCAGAAAGUGAAAAUGGAAGUCGUGUGUCAACAGAAGGUGCCGAAGUAGGUCUCACAGGAUGGCUGUCCUCGAGGUACGGGGUGGAUCAGCACCACUGGGAGAACCCUCUGAUGUCCUGGAGGAAUUUCUCCAAAAGCCACUUUCGAGUUUGCAAGAGUGGCAAGCUUUGGAAGAGCAACUCCAGGACUGUUCCACAAGGAAAAACCUUGUUGAUCGGCUUGCAGUCCUUGAAGGUGGCUCACUAAACGACACAGUACCUUUAGUUAUGGAAGCAUGCACCAGGAAAGCAUUACAGAAGCAGAUAACUGGAGAAGGCCGGAAUGGCAA